GUAUAGUUGGGUACAAGUCAUAUAAAAUCCAACAUAGCUGACCCAAUCAUGACAUUAUCUCUUCGUUUUCCUUGUCCCUCACCUCUAUAUAUAUUCUCCUACCCCUUUUACAUACACAAUCAAACUAAUCAAAUCCCCUUUUAGCAACCCACAAAUGGAAUAUUCCGGUGACAAAACUAGCGGCGCCACCUCACCCAUGGCUAUUCCCACUACCUUCUCAUACUCUCAGUCACCAAAUAGUUCUAAUAAUUCAACAUCUCAGCUUAGUCCCACUAGUGUUCUCACUCAUCCUCCACCAUCCUCCCCACCUCACCCGGUGGUUCUCAGCCCAUGCGCCGCCUGCAAGAUUCUCAGGCGGCGCUGUGUUGAGAAAUGCGUCUUGGCACCUUACUUCCCCCCCACAGAACCACUCAAGUUCACCACGGCUCACCGUGUGUUCGGAGCUAGCAACAUCAUUAAGCUGUUACAGGAACUUCCUGAGUCUCAAAGAACGGAUGCGGUUAGCAGUAUGGUAUAUGAAGCUAAUGCAAGGCUUAGAGAUCCGGUUUACGGUUGUGCAGGAGCUAUUUGUCAACUACAAAAGCAAGUGAGUGAGCUCCAAGCAGAGUUAGCCAAGGCGCAAGCCGAGGUGCUCAACAUGCAAUGCCAACAAUCGACUUUAUUAUCGAUGAUUUGUAUGGGGAUGGACCAACAACUCGUUUCGUCACCAACGCUAGAACAACAAACAUUUUAUGAGAACCUAAACUUCUACCCCGAUGAUGCGAGUUUGAGCGGCGUAUUUGAGCCACUUUGGACAUGAAACCAUAGACCCUUUUCAAGAUGGAGUUGAUCAAUCAAGUUUGAUGAAAAAGGAAGUGAGAGAUACUUGUUAACAAAAAAAAUCAAGUACUGUAGUUUGUGAGAUUUUAUUAUACUUCAAUUUACUGAUCCUUUAAAGGUAAAAACAAUAAAAUUAGAGAAAUUACUGAAAAAGAUAGAUGGAGAGGGAGAAAAGUGUCAUUUUGCACUAAUAUAUGUCAAUUCUGAUUUAAAA